AUGCUGCUUGCUCUGCAAUUCAUUCUUUCCCUUUGCCUGGCAACACUUCAGACCCAGGCUCGGGCUGUCUUCGCCCACUUUAUGGUAUCUAAUACUCUGCAAUAUACCGUAGACGAUUGGGAAGAUGAGAUGACGCUGGCCAACGAGGCCAAUCUCGACGCCUUCGCUCUGAACAUUGCUGUCGGAGAUGCCACCAACACCGGCCCGGUUGCCAACGCCUUCUUGGCGGCCGAAAAUGUGGGCUUCAGUCUGUUCUUCAGCUUUGACUAUGCCGGAAAUGGGGCCUGGGCCGAGUCCGACGUGGUCAGCAUGAUUUCCACCUACGCGCUGACCGGGGCGUAUUUCCAGCAUGCCGGCAAGCCCCUCGUCAGCACCUUCGAGGGCCCGGCCAACGCGGCUGACUGGGUCUUCAUCAAGGAGCAGACGGGGUGUUUCUUUAUCCCGGACUGCGACAUGAACACGUAUAUUGAUGCCUCGUAUAUCGACUUCUUAGACGCAUUCGGCACCGGCGAGGCCCCUCACAACUACGUGCUGGAAAUGCCGCACGACGGCUGGCGCGUAUUCCUCCCCUGGUUGGUUGACACGUAUAAGCAAAACAUCCCGACCAUCACCCAGGAGGAAGUUCAGGCGUGGUAUAGGCGCAAUGUUGGGGGAGAGUGCGUGUCGGACGGCGGCACCACGGGUAAUACCGCCAGCCAGCUUCAGCUGGAGUAUUGGCCCUAUAAGAUUGGGCAGAACAAGGUCUUCUUCUCUGCGUUGCUCGGGUCGGCGGCAGAUAUUCCAAUAACCAUCGGCAGUGAGAACAUGGGUGCGCAGUGGAACAGCACUCCAAGCGGGGGUGCAGGUAUAUAUCACGGAUUUGUGAGCUUCUCUGUGCAGGAUGGCCCAGUUGAGGUCACAAUCUCGCGCGACGGAGCUGCCAUUGCUAGUUUUACGGGUGCGGACAUCGUGAUCGGGUGCUCGAGUAGCACAAAUAUCGAAAAUUGGAAUGCCUGGGUGGGAAGCGCGAUGGCCUCGGCCACGAUUGACGCGACGCCUACAUACUCUCUCCUAAACGCUAAAAUAGGCCCGCAGCCGGAGCUGCGCAAGAGUCUGGGAGUAGUGGGAUAUCCCAUCACUGGGGAGACGGCGGAUUACAGUAGACUCUGUGCCUUUGCCUGCAAUUACGGCUAUUGCCCGCCCACGGCUUGCGGGACCAUCGAAGUAGCCCUAACUGUCACCACUGCUUCGCCUUUUACCCCGACCACCUGCACCGCCGGCCAAGGGGAGGGUAAUCUCGCUGGGCUCUGCAAUUAUGCCUGCAACUAUGGAUUCUGUCCCAUUCACAAUUGCACAUGCACCUUCACAGGGCCCUUGGAUCUGCCCCCUGCCGCGAACACCAGCAUUUACGGAUUCUACAGCGGUAGCGGCUCUGACAGUGGCUUGUGCGAGUUUGCCUGCGAGAGGGGAUACUGUCCGUCUCCUACAUGUCUGGACGAUACAUCCACCACCGGCACUGACGAUGACGACAACGACGACGACGAAGAUUUGGUUUGUGCAGACGAUGGGACGGACACACGCGCCGUAUGUAACGAAGAAGUUUGCACGGGUUGCAACUACAGCGUCUCCUUCGCCAGUUUUACCGACCUUUCCGCCGCGGCCCCGAGCUACAAUGCCAGCUGUGUGAACUACUAUCUUAUCGGGGCCCUGUCGAGUAUGCUAGACUCCGCCCUGGCAAAUUACACGCAAGUAAACAGCAGCUAUCAUGAUAAGUUUGAAGACUAUGUCAGCUUCGUCAAGAAGGAGGUGCUCGAGGUACUGGACACGCUGAUGGCGGCGGGAGGCGGGGGAAACGCAUACUUCGAGUGCACCUACAGCGCCGGCGGGAUCACGAACAUCUCCACCACCAGCUGCCCGUACCAGGUCCCACAGACCACAGACGACGUAGACAUCAAUAGCAUCGUCUACUACGACCUGGUGAAUGCGACAGGAUUGUGGGAUAUGCUGUUGAGUGACUACGGGCUGCAGUCGAGUUGGGUGCAGCUGGGCGAGCGCGUCAUUCAUAAUCACUGCUCCCCUCAACGACAAACACCCUCACGGGUACGGUAUGCCACGAGCAGACCUACACCUGGAAGGGCUACCCCGUGGCGGCGGCUGAUCUGGUUGUCACCGACCCCGGCCACCAUCGUCCAGUCGAGUUUGCCCAACAUCCAGAACCUGAGCAAUACACUCACCCUCACGAGGAUCCUGAUUAGCUCCGGCGCGUGGGGCGGGCCCCUGGACGACAUCGUGCUGAGCGUGUCGACGGCUGUGUUCACCCUCGUUCAAGCCGCGCAGAACAUGGCCCAGAUCGAGACGAUCGCGACGCAGUACGAAGAAACCCAGAAGGGUCGACCCCUAGCAUCUGAGCAUACAAGCUGUGACUCAGAGCACCUCGAUUGCUAUUCUUGA